AUGUUCUAUUCCGGUUUGAGACGAGCGGCCGCGCUCGCGCGGUUCGCCUCCUCCUCUCGAGUCCUCGCCUCCUCAUCCUCCUCCUCGUCCUCGAGCGCCGUCGAGGCGUCCUUCUCCGCGCGUCCCAUCCUCGCCUUCCGGCGCGCCAUGUGCGCGGACCCGAUGCACGGAUACGACGCCUCCCGUGCGGGGACGUGCGAGUACACCGACGUCCACUACCCCGACCCCCUGGACGUCACUGUCCCGCGUAAGAUGCAGGUCGCGGACGCCGGGUACUUCCGCGACUUCGGCGGCGUCACGCGCUUCUCCGGCCCGGCGUCCACCGUCAAGUGCUACGAGAAUAAUCCCCUGGUCCGCGAGGCUCUGGGCGAGCCGGGGAACGGGCGGGUGCUCGUCGUGGACGGGGGAGGCAGCAUGCGAUGCGCUCUGCUGGGCGAUAACCUCGCGGGCAUGGCCGUGAGCAACGGGUGGGCGGGCAUCGUCAUCAACGGGUGCCUACGGGACAGCGAGGACAUCGGCAAGAUGCGCCUCGGGGUCAAGGCGAUUGCGCCGCACCCGGUGAAGAGCAGCAAGCGCGACCCGGGCAUGCGCGAGGUGCCCGUGACGUUCGCGGGCGUGACGGUGCGACCGGGGGAUUGGAUUUACGCGGAUAUGGACGGGAUGCUCGUGGGGGGACCCGAAAAGUUCGAGCUCUGACCGCGUUCGGCACGCGACGUAAUAACCCUGUUUAGCAACACGCGACGACAUUCUCGCCAAUGAAUGAAUAGUAUCCCACCCCGAGGGUCUCCGGAUCGAGCGGAACCCCGCGCACGCGGCGCCUCAUCCGAGGAGCUGCUUGACCUUGUCCACCACGAAGAGCAUUCCCGCGUUCGCCGGCGACGCGCGCAGCAGGCACGGCACCAAACCCGCGUAGAGCCUCCUCACGCCGCCCUGUUUGUACAGCUGGGACCCGGCGUCGAGGAAGCCGCUGUACUUUCGCUCAGCCUUGUUGAUGGAAUCCGUCAUCAUCGCGCUCUUGAUGACGUCGACGGGGUAGAACAGGGACCAGUAGAAGAACCCGCCGAGGCCGCCCGCGAACAUGAUCUCCCAGUCCCGCGGCUUGCCGUCCUCGUGCUUCGCCGCGAAGUAGUUCUUGGUGUUCUCGAACACGCCGAAGUAGAUGGCACCCGCGGGGAGGUUGCGGAUCAGCGUCGCGCCGAACGCCUGGUAGGGCCCCCGAAUCCCGUUGUGCUUGAUCGAUGCCCUGACGCACUCGCCGACGGUCUUGUACGGCGGGACGUAGUUCGGGUUCUGCUUCGCCUGGACGAUCUGCGUCUGCCACUGAGACUUGAACAGGUCGAUGGGGGACUCGAAAAACGAACCAGCCAUCCACGCGAGCAGACCCGCCUUCGCGUAGGACAUCGGAUCGUCCGGGGAGACGCCGACGAUCUCCUUCGCCCGCG